AUGCUGCUUUAUACCUCGUCGCUUUUCACUCUUCUCUCCCACCCUCCACGAGACUGUUUUUCUGUCGCCCCAAUUUCGCGGCCAACCGCGCAAAUCCCACUCGCGCGUUCCGAGCGGCGCGAGAGCCGCGGUCGCCAUGGGUGCUGCGAAGUGCCGGGCGGGGAGGUGGCGCUGCUGUUCAUGGGCGUGUCGCUGGCGCUCGGCGCGCUGUGCCGCCAGAUCUUCAGCAACACGCACGUGCCGUACACCGUCGUGCUGCUGCUCGUCGGCAUCGCGCUCGGCGCAUUUGAGUUCUACGUGGACCUGGGGCUGCUCGGCGACAGCAUCCGCAUGUGGGCGGAGGUGGAGCCAAACAUAAUCUUCUUCGUGUUCCUGCCCGCACUGCUCUUCGAAAGCGCCUUCGCCUUCGAGAUGCAUCAAAUCAAGCGGUGCAUGUUUCAGAUAUUCCUGCUGGCAGUGCCGGGUGUCGUCAUAACCACGGGCUUCCUCGGUGUCAUCUGCAAGUGCGUGCUCCCGUACGGCUGGUCGUGGUCCACGGCCAUGCUGCUGGGCAGUGUCCUCAGCACCACGGAUCCCGUGGCCGUGGUGGCUCUGCUCAAGGAGCUCGGUGCUUCCAAGAAGCUGCGCACCAUCAUUGACGGGGAGGCGCUCAUGAAUGACGGGGCGGCGAUCGCCAUAUUCCAGCUCUUCCUGCAGCUCGUGCUCGGCUACUCCUUCUCACCGGGCGAGGUCGUCGCCUUCAUGUGCCGCGUCUUCUUCCGCGGCAUAGCGCUGGGCAUGGCGUUCGGGGUGGUGAGUCUGCUGUGGCUGCGCACCGUGUUCAACGACUACAUCAUCGAAAUCACCAUCACCAUCACCGGCUCCUACAUGGCCUUCUUCGUCCAUGUUUGCCAUAUUCGCCAAGACGGCAUUCACAGGGGAGAACGAGAAGAACAUGCACAGCUUCUGGUGAGCCCAUGCACAGCUUCUGGUGAGCCCAUGCUCUCUUCUCCUCCUGCUUAUGCUGCAUUUCAUCACCACAGCUGUGGAGUGGUGAUCGCCGAGAGCGUGCUACACAAUGCCAGCUACAUCCAAGGCGUUGACUGGGGCUACAUGCUGGCGCUGAUUGUCUUCGUGCAGCUGUCCCGGGUGGUGGUGGUGGGGGUGCUGUACCCCGGGCUGGCCUCCAGCGGCUACGGGCUCACGUGGAAGGAGGCCAUCAUCCUCGUCUGGUCGGGGCUGCGCGGCGGCAUCGCUCUCACGCUUGCCCUCGUUGUCAACGUGACCGGACAAGAUAUCAGAGUCCACGUCAGCCAGGGUGAGAGCAGAUGCUCCGCUGCCCACCACCCUCCACUCAUGCCCGCUCUCUUCCUCGCCAUGCCUGCUCUCUUCCUCGCCCUGCCUGCUCUCUUCCUCGCCAUGCCUGCUCUCUUCCUCGCCCUGCCUGCUCUCUUCCUCGCCAUGCCUGCUCUCUUCCUCGCCAUGCCUGCUCUCUUCCUCGCCCUGCCUGCUCUCUUCCUCGCCAUGCCUGCUCUCUUCCUCGCCCUGCCUGCUCUCUUCCUCGCCAUGCCUGCUCUCUUCCUCGCCCUGCCUGCUCUCUUCCUCGCCAUGCCUGCUCUCUUCCUCGCCCUGCCUGCUCUCUUCCUCGCCCUGCCUGCUCUCUUCCUCGCCCUGCCUGCUCUCUGUCCUCUUCUGAACGGCAGCACCACGCAGUUCAUAUUCGCGGCGCUGCGCCUCAACCACACGUCCAACGUGAAGAAGCACGUGCUGCACUUCACGCGCCACGAGCUCUUCCACCACGCGCUCAAGACCUUUGAGGAGAUCGCCCACGACGAGCAGCUGGGGCCCGCCCACUGGACCACCGUCAGCGACUACCUCACCUGCCUGGAUCAGCGGGUGCUGGAGCCGGAGGGGCGAGGUGCGGGGGCAGGGCACCACACGCACACGCGCGGCAGCCGCACGCACACGGUGUCGACGCUGCACGCGCACGGGGAGGGCGGCGGGGAGGUGGAUGUGCAGAAGGCGGCGGAGGAGGCGGUGCUGCAGCAGCAGCUGGCGGACACGCGCUUGCGCUUCCUCAACGGCGCCGUGGCUGAGGCAGUCGACCUCACCUCGCAGCAGCACCGGCUGUGCCUGUGGGCAGCCAUGCGCCCGCACGUGCGCAUGCCGCGCUUCUUCCGCGCGCUGCACCGCUCGCUGCGCCCCAUCCUGUCGCAGCGCGCCCUCAACUGGGUGACGGUGGACCGCCUCGAGCUCGCCGCCUCCAUGGGCGCCACUUACAUCCGUGCUCUGCGGCAGACUCGGCAGCAGCUGCGGGAGUUCCUCAAGGACAGCCUAAUACUGGAGGCGGUGAUAUUGGAGAGCGAGGAGGAGGAGACGGAGGCGAGGAAGUUCAUCGAGGAUGUGCACCUCAACGUGCCCGAGAGUGCAGUUGGGGUAAGGGAAAGGGACAGGGAUGGGUAUGGGGGUAGGAAUGGAGAUGGGGAUGGGGAUGGGGAUGGGGAUGGGGAUGGGGAUGGGGAUGGGGAUGGGGAAAUGGAUGGGGAUGGGGAUGAGGAUGGGGACGGGGAUGGGGAUGGGGAUGGGGAUGGGGAUGGGGAUGGGGAUGGGGAUGGGGAUGGGGAUGGGGAUGGGGAUGGGGAUGGGGAUGGGGAUGGGGAUGGGGAUGGGGAUGGGGAUGGGGAUGGGGAUGGGGAUGGGGAUGGGGAUGGGGUACAUGCAUGGGAGGACUUGGUAGUGGUGGCAUUGCAUGUGGUGUGCAUGGGGGGUGGCACCAUGUGCCUGUACUGUGCUGCGCGGGGCACGGGCAGCAAGGCCUCCUCUGACUUGAAGAUUGGUGUGGCGCUUGGCACGAGCGGUGCACUGGGGGUGUGGCGCAGGGGCCGGUGA